AUGUACCACCUUGCCACCGGAGGAUACCCUCCUGUACAUGUACCACCUUGCCACCGGAGGAUACCCUCCUGUACAUGUCCCACCUUAAGCUUGCCACCAGAGGAUACCCUCCUGUACCACCUUGCCACCCGAGAGUACCCUCCUGUACCACCCUGCCACCGGAGAGUACCCUCCUGUACCACCCUGCCACCGGAGAGUACCCUCCUGUACCACCCUGCCACCAGAUAG